CCUCUAGUGGGUAACCAAGUGCCCUUCCUGUGUUCAAUUGUAGAAGAACCAGGUGAAGACAGCGAGGAAUUCCCACAAGCCUCCUCAUUGGCCGCAGCCGAGGACAAAGACUCGAGCAAGAGGGACGCCAUAGAAGGCAAGACCACAGAGAAGGACUCCAGAAUUAAUACACUGGCUAAGGAAACCCUGGGGAUUGCUACAGCAGGGAAGCAGUCGCUUCAGCAGGAGAAAGAAAAUGACACUCCACCCAAGAGGCCUAAAUCAGCUGAAGAGAAGACGCUGUCCAAUGAGCAGGUGCAGCAAUGCCCAUAUUGUAAUUACAGUAAUAAGGAUGCAAACCGUUUACAGCUGCACAUCAUGUCCCAGCAUUCUAUGCAGCCGGUCAUCAGCUGCCCCUUGUGUCAGGAUGUUCUCAGCAACAAGAUUCACUUGCAGCUGCAUCUCACCCACCUUCAUAGCGUGGCUCCUGACUGUGUGGAGAAGCUACUUAUGACAGUUGCAGGUCCAGAUCUUCCAGUGCCCAGUUCCUUGCUGUCUGCAUCAUUACAAGACAAAGUCCCAUCCCUGAUGGAUACUUCAGCUGUUAACCCAGAGGGAUCUGGAAAAACCAUGGGUAACAGCUCUAAGGAUUUGAAAAACGGUACAGGUCAAGACAAAAGUGAGGUUGACCUUACCAGUGAGGAACUGAAACCACUAAAGGAGGCUGCUGAGGCUCCUGAUUGGAAGAAAGCAAGUGGGCAAGAUAGGAAGAGCCCAGACGCCUUGCAGGAGCACCUUAGCGAUCUGCAAAAGCGGCAGCAGCUCUCAGUCUCUGAUCGCCACGUCUACAAAUACCGCUGCAACCAUUGCAGCCUGGCUUUCAAGACUAUGCAGAAGCUUGAGAUACAUUCCCAGUACCAUGCCAUCCGUGCAGCCACCAUGUGCACUUUGUGCCAACGCAGCUUCAGGACAUUCCUUGCCCUCAGAAAGCAUCUGGAGACUGGUCACCCGGAGCUGACUGAAGCCGAAGUGCAGCAACUUUGUGGAAACCUGCCCCUAAAUGGUGACAUUUCUGAGAGCGAAAUGCGGGCCCUGGAGGAGGCACAAGCCUUUGAGAAUGAGCUAGACAAGGAUGAGGAGCUUGACCAAGAAGGAAAGGCCAGUCCAACUGGAAGUGACAGCAGCUCUUUGCUUGAUGACAUGGGCUCAGAGCCAAAGCGGACCUUACCUUUUAGGAAAGGCCCAAAUUUCACCAUGGAAAAGUUUUUAGACCCUUCACGUCCAUACAAAUGCACAGUAUGCAAAGAGUCCUUCACCCAAAAGAACAUCCUCCUUGUUCACUAUAAUUCCGUCUCACAUUUGCAUAAGCUAAAGAAAGUCAUCCAAGAGGCCUCAAGCCCAGUUCCCCAGGAGACCAGCAACAAUGUUGACAACAAACCAUACAAAUGCAAUAUCUGCAAUGUUGCUUACAGCCAAAGCUCAACCCUGGAGAUUCACAUGAGGUCUGUACUUCAUCAAACUAAAGCACGCACCGCCAAAUUAGAGACUAGUACCAGUACUGGGAGUGGAAGCAGUGGAAGUACUUCAUCUAAAAGCCCUGUUCCACCCAAUCACGGAAACACUGAUUCUGCAAGUGCUGCACCAGUAUCCACUAACAAAGAAAACACUGUAGAUGCCAAAGAAGUUACCAUGAAGCAAACUACUGAACACAUACCUGUGCAGCCCAACCACCCACCAACCCAGUCACCAGCACAGCUUCAGAUGCAACUACAGCAUGAACUCCAGCAGCAAGCUGCUUUCUUUCAGCCACAGUUUCUGAACCCAGCGUUCUUUCCGCACUUCCCUAUGACACCAGAAGCACUACUGCAAUUCCAGCAGCCCCAGUUCCUCUUCCCAUUUUACAUUCCUGGUGCUGAAUUUAACAUCAGCCCCGAGCUUGCAUUGCAUUCAGCUGCGUUUGGGAUGCCUGGAAUGACAGGAUCAUUCCUUGAAGACCUGAAGCAGCAGAUGCAGCAACAACAUCAGCUGGGCCAACAGCAACAGCUUCAGCUUUCUCAGCAGCAAGCUCAACAGCAGGCCUCCCAGUCUCAAAUGCAGCAGCAGAAAGUACAGCAGCAGAGUCACAAGCCUAAAACUGAGUCCAACCACAAUGUCCUCUCUGAGAUUCAAAUGUCCAGAGAUGCCGAAGAGCACCUAGAAAAGCAGGAAGGCAAAGCAAAGCAGGACACAGCUAAUGAAAAUGAUAAUGGGAAAGAUGCUAAAGAUAACAGAAAGCCAAAAUUUUCAGAACCUCUGAUUCCUCCACCACGCAUCAUCUCAGGAGCUAGAGGCAAUGCUGCAAAAGCAUUACUAGAGAACUUUGGCUUUGAAUUGGUAAUUCAAUACAAUGAGAAUAGACAGAAAAGCCAGAAAAAGAACAAAGAGGAUGAGUUAACCGACAAACUGGAGUGUGGGCUAUGUGGAAAAUUAUUCUCCAACAUGCUUAUUCUCAAAAGCCAUCAAGAACAUAUCCAUGGCCAGUUCUUUCCAUAUGUGGAGUUGGAGAAGUUUGCACAGCAGUACAGGGAAGCAUAUGACAAGCUGUACCCCAUUAACCCAGCAUCUCCAGAAACUCCCCCUCCACCUCCACCACCACCACCACCACCUCCUCCUCCUGCCCCUUUGAAUACUCUCCCUGCUAAUGCAUCUGUAGGUAAAUCGCAGACACCAUCGCCAGCACCUAUACAAACUCCUCAGCAAGCCCCUCAACCUCCUCCUCCACCACCACCUCCACCGCCAACUGCACCUCCUCAAGUGCAACUCCCUGUUUCUCUUGACAUGCCAAUUUUCCCACCAUUGAUGAUGCAAUCAGUGCAGCACCCUGGGCUACCCCCACAGCUUGCGCUGCAGCUUCCAACAAUGGACUCUUUAUCUUCUGACCUCACACAGUUAUGUCAACAGCAACUGGGACUGGAUCCAAACUUCCUGCGGCAGUCUCAGUUCAAGCGUCCUCGCACCAGAAUCACAGAUGAUCAGCUAAAAAUUCUCCGUGCUCAUUUUGAUAUCAAUAAUUCUCCCAACGAAGAGCAAAUUCAAGAAAUGGCAGACAAGUCUGGCCUUCCACAAAAAGUCAUAAAGCACUGGUUCCGCAAUACACUCUUUAAAGAACGUCAAAGAAGCAAAGAUUCCCCUUACAAUUUCAACAUUCCACCCAUGACCACACUGGAAGAUAUCAGACUUGAAUCCCAAGUAAACUUGCUGGAGUACACCAGAAUUGAUUCUGCUUCGAACAAAAGGUCAUCAAGAACACGUUUCACAGAUUAUCAACUGCGAGUACUCCAAGACUUCUUUGAUACCAAUGCUUAUCCUAAGGAUGAUGAAAUUGAGCAGCUCUCCACGGUACUCAACCUGCCAACACGAGUGAUUGUGGUGUGGUUCCAAAAUGCCCGACAAAAGGCCCGCAAGACCUAUGAGAACCAAGCGGAUACAAAAGAAAGCGAAAAGAAAGAACUAACAAAUGAACGAUACAUUAGGACCAACAACAUGCAGUACCAAUGUAAGAAAUGCAGUGUCAUUUUCCCCCGAAUCUUUGACCUGAUUACUCACCAGAAAAAGCAGUGCUAUAAAGAUGAGGAUGAUGAGGCGGGAGAUGAACACAUCUUAGAAGAUUUAUCAGAGAACAUCGAACAAAGUUUAGCAAAGCCAAUGGAGGCAGCAAAACAGUCUUUUGUGACAGCAAGCAGCUCUGGCUCCAGCUCUCCAUUAAUGCCUUCCCCCCGACCUGAUAUAGGGAAAACCUCACCAAAACCUGAGCUUCUUAAUGAAAAGAGUAAAUUGGGAGAGACUGCCCCUUUACAAACACCUAAGAACCCAAAUGAGUUAAAACCUUCUAAAGCUUCAACCCCACAGCCUCUAUCACAAAAAGUACCUCAACCACAGUUGUCAAGACCCCAUUCCCAGCCACAGUCUACUCCAGUCCCAUCAAGUCCUCUUUCACUUGCACUGUCUUCUCUAAACAAUAGCCUACCACCACAAAUGUUACAGUACCACUGUGAGCAGUGUAAAAUAGCUUUCCCAACAGUAGAGCUUUGGCAGGAGCACCAACACAUGCAUUUUCUGGCUGCCCAAAACCAAUUCCUGCAUUCACAAUUUUUAGAAAGGCCACUGGAUAUGCCCUAUAUGAUCUUUGAUCCAAACAACCCUCUUAUGACUGGUCAACUUCUGUCUGGAGCCCUCUCCCAGAUACCAACUGCAAGCAACUCUGGUCUUACCAUGAACUCUAAUUCUUUAAAACGGAAAUUAGAUGAAAAAGAGGAUGGGUCUCAUGAAAAAGAUGGCCUUAACAGUGCAGAAGAUCAGCACAGAGAUAAACGUCUUAGGACAACCAUUACUCCAGAGCAACUUGAGAUCCUCUAUGAUAAAUAUUUACUUGAUUCAAACCCAACUAGAAAGAUGUUAGAUCACAUUGCUCAUGAAGUUGGCCUCAAAAAAAGAGUUGUCCAAGUCUGGUUUCAAAACACCCGAGCCAGAGAGAGGAAAGGACAAUUUAGAGCAGUUGGGCCCUCCCAGACUCACAAAAAGUGUCCCUUUUGCAGGGCAUUGUUCAAGGCCAAGUCAGCUCUUGAUAGCCACAUUCGCUCAAGACACUGGCAUGAGGCAAAGCAGGCAGGCUUUAGUUUGCCCCCAAGUCCAAUGAUGCCUCAAGAUGAUGAAGGUCAAAGUCCCCAUAAGUACAGUUUUUCUGACUACUUACAGAUGCCCACAAAGAUUGAAAUGAAUGAAAAUGAGCCUCCAACUGCAUCUUCAACUCCAGUUAAACCUUCUGAGACGCUCUUUAAAAACUUUUUGAACAUACCAUCCUUGAAAGCAGAACAUAGUGAUGAACUUGAGGCACUUAACAUGAGCUCUGCAGAAGCAUCUUUUGAUACUAACAAAAUGGACUUUGAUGAGACAUCCUCUAUUAACACAGCUGUGAGUGAUGCUACAACUGGAGAUGAGACCAACAAUGAGGUUGAGAAUCUCACAAUAAAUGGAAGUGAGAAAAUGAUUGAGAACAAAUCAAACCAAGCACAAACCUCUGAUAUGAAUGAGGAUAGAUUCCCUUUCAACAUGGUUAGCCCAGCAUUAAGUUUCUCUGGUAAAGACAGUGACUAUUUCAAUUACAGAGAUGAUGACUUCGAUGAUAAUGCAGACAGGAGCGAGACUUCAAGUCUGGCUGAUCCAAGUUCACCCAGUCCGUUUGGAAGUACAAAUCCAUUUAAGUCUUCAAAAGCUGGUGGAGAGAGACCAGGUCACAAACGUUUUAGAACCCAAAUGAGCAACCUACAGCUUAAAGUCCUAAAAGCUUGCUUCAGUGACUACCGCACACCUACUAUGCAAGAGUGUGAAAUGCUGGGCAAUGAAAUAGGACUCCCAAAACGUGUUGUGCAAGUUUGGUUUCAGAAUGCCCGUGCUAAAGAAAAAAAGUUUAAAAUAAAUAUUGGAAAGCCAUUCAUGAUAAGCCAAGGCUCCCCAGAUGGACCAAGGCCUGAGUGUACAUUAUGUGGAGUAAAGUAUACAGCCAGACUUUCGAUCCGUGAUCAUAUCUUUUCAAAGCAGCACAUUGCAAAAGUGCAGGAAACCCUGGGCAACCAGGUUGAUCGAGAAAAAGACUAUCUAGCACCUACCACUGUCCGCCAGCUUAUGGCUCAACAAGAACUUGACCGUUUAAAGAAGGCAACCGAUGUACUCAACUUGCCAGCCCAGCAGCAGCCAGCAGUGGACAAUAAUGCACUUCAUGGCCUUAGCCUGCCAACUGCCUACCCGGGAAUAUCUGGUCUCCCACCAGUGCUUCUACCUGGUGUGAACGGGCCAUCCUCCCUUCCAGGUUUCCCACCAAAUACACCUGCUUUAGCGUCUCCUGGUGCUGGCAUGCUUGGGUUCCCUACUCCAGCCACCCCUUCUCCUGCCAUGUCUCUCAGCAGUACCCCAACCAAGACUCUUCUUCAGACUCCUCCUCCUCCUCCUCCUCCUCAACCCUCCGCACUUCCUCUUCCUCCCACUCCUUUGGCAGCAAAUCAGACUGAGCAGCACAUAAAAGAAUCUGAGAAAGACAAGAAGUUAGAGAAGCCCAAGGUGAAAGAAAGAGAAGCUGACACUGCCCGUCCCGAGACACCAAUUGUGAAGAAAAAGGAAAAGCCCUCGCCGCCACUUUCAAUGCUAGGAAAAUUGGGAAGUGAGGGUCAGAUGGACCCAGCACAACUGCAAGCACUUCAGAAUGCCAUUGCUGGUGACCCUGGUUCCUUCUUAGGGGGACAGUUCUUGCCUUAUUUCAUCCCUGGCUUUGCAUCUUGCUUCUCACCCCAACUUCCUGGCGGAGUGCAGGGGGGAUACUUCCCUCCUCUGUGUGGAAUGGAAAACCUGUUCCCGUACGGCCCUGCGAUGCCUCAGGCUAUUGCUGGGCUUUCUCCAACUGCCCUGCUGCAGCAGUACCAACAGUACCAGCAGUCCCUCCAGGAUUCCUUACAGAAGCAGCAGCAUCAGCAGCAGCAGCAGCAGAAACAAAGUGAGCCGCAGCGGAAAACCCCUGCCCCUAUGAAGUCAACGAGUGCGCAGAGCAAUUCUCUCAAACCAAAAGAGACUGUCGAAACUAAGGAUGAUAAAGGCUCUUCAACAGAAAGCACAAACGAAGAACCCCAAACCAAUACCAAAAGUUCAGGCUUUCCAGAUGCGUUUAUCGUUCCAUCUAUCAAACAUGAGUUUAUAUGCAGAAAGUGCCAGAUGAUUUUUGCUGAUGAAGACUCAGCAGCUCGCCACCAGAAGUCCUUCUGUUACUUUGGUCACCCUUUUAUUGAUCCGCAAGAGACAGUGCUUCGCAAGGCUGUGAGCAAAUACAAUUGCAUAGCCUGCAAUGUGUCCGUCAGCGGGAAUGAAGCACUUGGCCAACACCUUCAGUCGAGCUUGCACAAAGAGAAAACAAUCAAACAAGCAAUGAGAAAUGCCAAAGAGCAUGCUAGAUUAUUACCUCACUCAGUCUGCUCCCCUAAUCCUAACACCACAUCUACCUCGCAGUCUGCAGCUUCUUCUAAUAACACCUUGCCUCAUCUCUCUCACUUGUCCAUGAAGUCCUGGCCAAAUAUUCUUUUCCAGGCCUCAGCCAGGAAAGCUGCUUCCUGCCCAUCUGCUUCUCCUCCUCCCCUUUCCUUGCCUUCAACGGUUACCUCAACUUCGUGCAGCACCUCAGGGGUUCAAACCUCACUACCCACCGAAAGUUGUUCAGACGAGUCUGACAGUGAGUUAAGCCAGAAGCUGGAUGACUUAGAUAACGCGUUGGAAGCCAAGGCUAAGGCAGCGUCCGGCCUAGAUGGCAAUUUCAGUAGUAUGAGAAUGGAUAUGUUCAGUGUGUAGGAGUGAAAAACGGAUCCCUUGCUUAAACGAAAAAAAAAAGACUUUUAACUGCAGUUCCAAAGUUUCUCUAACCCAAAAAAUUACAGUACCAAAAGAUUGACUCAGGAUUGUUUUUCCCAUAUUGAUAUGCUGGCAAGAAAAUGAUUGAUUUUUGUUAUGGACAGAACUGUUGCAGAUGCUUGACUGAGCUUAUAUUGUAUACAAAAACAAGGAAUAGGAAAACUCACAAGUUCUUUUGGAGCUUGAUUCAAGCCAAAAAUUCUCACGAUAGCAAAUUGCACCUCAGCUGGAUUGAUUUCCAAAUGCUAGCAUGUACUGUAUGGGAUAAUGAUCCAGAACUUUCAAAGAGAGUUUCUCUUAGUUUAGUUAGGUGUAAUUCAGUAGCUUUAAAUUCUCAGGUCAGAACAUAACAUUUCUCAUUUGUUGAAACAGCGAAGAAGCCUGCUUAUAAAUGGCUUUUACCAAAACAUGUCAAGCUUUAUUGGAGGCAUUUCCUUGAUGUGUGUAGUGUACCAAGAGACAAUAUAACUGUUACAGGACAACGCGCAUAUCCUUUUAGUUUGCCCUACGAGAGAGUAUGCUUUUACCACUGAGGGAAUUUAGAAUGGUGAAGUCAUGUGUAUGCCCCCUGUGUUUGCCAGUUUGUAUUGCCACAAGCUGUAUUUAUAUACGACACCCUUUUUUCUUGUAGAAUAUACUAAUAAUCUGUGCCAACUCUUACCUUCUUUCUUUUACCUCUCAUCACACCCUUUUUCCGAAGAGGUAAUAAUUCUAGUUUUGAUAGACUCUUGAAGAUUAUGUGAAUAGGACUUUUUUUUUUUUUCAUUUGUGAAUUGCUAUAAUGUUACGGUACUUGCUUGUGUCUGGACUAUAGUGCACUUAUUUGAUUUCUUUUUUUUUUUUCUUUUUUUUGAGGUAGGCCAUGUCUUAAUUUAAUAGAUAUAUCAGUUUUAUGUGUUUGUUUGUUUGAAUUAUUAUUUCUUUGUAGAUCAGCAGCAGAUUGAUCCACAUUUGUUAGACGUUUCACACCUAACAAUCCAGAGACAUUUAACAAUUGGUGCAUCCAUGAAAGUAGUACUGUAUACUUGAAACUGAAAAAGUGCAAGUUGGACAAAAUGUGUUGAAAAUGGUCUGAACAUUUGCUUCUUUUAAACAAGAAAGCUGCUUUAAGAAAGGGGGGACAAAGCAUUUGUUUUAUUAAACAACAAAAAAGGUGUUGUUUGUUUUUUUUUCCUGUACUUCUGUAGAACUGAACACAGUGUUACCCCUAUACACUGCCAUUUAGUGGAUAGGCUGUUUCUUCCAUUCUACUCUGGGCACUUCUGUUAAUGUCAUGAACAUUUUCCAUCAUAUUUAGUGAUACUUGGAUUACAAAGUAUUAUCUUAUGACGUUUUGCUGCUACUGUGUAAUGUUUUUUUGUUUGUUUUUUUAAUCGCUUGCCAUACAUUUUCAGCUUCCUCCUAGACAGAAUACUGAUUCGUCAUGAAUUACAUUGCUUUACUGUUUUAUUUUAUUUGCGUUGUUUUGGCUGUGUAACUUAAAGAAUGUGAACGCUGUCAAGGGUGUUUAAUUUUUACGAAUCACUUUCUGGUUUAAUACAGUCGGACAAUGUGAUUCAUUCCAAAGUAACAGAAGGCUUAAUGUAUGAAAGAAAAAGGCUUGUGAACAAAGAAAGCUAAGCUGUUGUACAUAUUCGUAGUUGGCUGUGCAUGGUACAAAUUUAUUAAUAUGAAGAAAUGCAAAAAUGUAUUGCUUUUGGUAUUCCUAUUCUGAGAUGAACAAGUAGCAUGUAAUGCAACUGUUUGACAGGUUAAAUCAAAUCAUGCUUAAAAAUUGUUUCAAACGAUGAAAUUAAGUAACAUUUCAUUUGACUUUUUAUUGCUGUACAGGUGAUUCUUUUAUUGUUUGUUUGUUUUUUUUCUGUUCAAAGGUAAAUGUCAGUUUUUAAAUUCUCUUUUUGUGGACUUUUUAAUGUUCUUAUUUGGAAUUUUUAAUAUUUUAAUGCUUAUUUUAAUCCUGAAGACACUUUUUGAUUGUGUUUCACAAGAGACAUCUUGGCCUCCUAAGGUGCAAUCCUGCCUCUGUCCAAAACAUGAGCGACUGUCCUGAUUCCAAAGGCUUUUAGAACUCGGCUUUUGCCUUUCCCUGAAUGUGGAACAGCAUUUAUAGACUGAGCUGUCAGCUAACACUGUGUGCUAAGGUGUUAGCCUGGACCAGAAUGCUUCCCACACAAAGGAGACUGGUAAAGCAAAAAAAUAAAAAUAAGAAAAGACAAAAAAAAAGAAAAAAAAACGACAAAAAAAGAAAAAGACAAAAAACAAAACAAAACAAAGGAUGGUCCAAUAAUGUAAUUGUACAUAAAUGUUGCAACUGCACAGCAGCCAAAAAACCUUUCUACGGAUGGAUAGUGUCAAGCAUAGGAGGACAGCCUUCUAAAGGUUGAUAUUAGGAUUGUUCUUCUGGAUAUCAAAGGGAUGAUCAAGGCGUAAUCAUAUUCUACACAAUACGUACUUUCAACGCCUGGGUAACAUAGGAAAUGCACCCCAAGGUUUUAAUAAAAAAAGAUGCCCCUAUGGCGAAAACUUUAAAUAAACUAAACCAAAAAUGUUAUUGAUGUUUUAUAUAUAGAGAGUAGUCUCAUUAGUUUUUGUUACUGUAAUGUUUGAGGUCUCAGCUGUACCGUAUUACGGUAAUAACAUGGUUUUGAAACUUUUUUUAUUUUGUCACAGACCUGUUGUCAUAGUUGAAAUGACGUUUAUUGUAGAUGGUAUUUGAACAACUUCUUCUGGAAAUAGUUCAUCAAGUAUGUUUGUUGCUCAUUGUUGUGAUACAUUAAAAACUGUAUCUGCAAACCACUUC